AUGGUCUGCGGCAAGUGUGCAAAGCUGGCCAAGACCACGCUCGCCACACCUGGCGUCAAAAAGAAGAGCGAGAUGUACUACGGCUCUCCGGCAUCCUCAUCGGCGUCGGCGUCGAGCAACAAGAAGACUUCGGCCACUCUGGGCCAGUCUGGCGUCUCAAAAAGCAAGCUGCUGUCCAAAGCCGCAAAGAACCCCUUGGCGCAAUAUUCAAGUUCAUGUGGGCGCUGCAAGACCAAGAUCUCGCAGGGAUACACAUACUGCCAUACAUGUGCCUAUCGUGAUAACUCUUGCACCAUGUGCGGCAAGUCAAAUUCCAAGGGAAAGUCGUCGGCGGUGCCUUUUGUCUCUGGGCAAAAGUUCUCGCUCAAGUGA